AGGAACUAAAAGAAAAGCUAAAAGAAUACGUGGAUGAAGUGACAGCACGGAAGCCUGGGUUCAUCAAGGUGGUUCGACACAACAAGCAAGAGGGGCUGAUUCGUUCUCGUGUUAGCGGCUGGAGGGCAGCGACGGCUCCAGUAGUUGCGCUCUUUGAUGCUCACGUAGAGUUCAACGUGGGAUGGGCUGAGCCAGUUCUCACCAGGAUCAAGGAAAACAGAAAAAGAGUAAUAUCACCAUCGUUUGAUAACAUCAAAUAUGACAAUUUUGAAAUAGAAGAGUACCCUCUGUCAGCACAGGGGUUUGACUGGGAGUUAUGGUGUCGAUACUUAAACCCCCCAAAGUCAUGGUGGAAGCUGGAAAACACUACAGCUCCUAUAAGGAGCCCUGCACUGAUUGGAUGCUUCAUAGUAGACCGCGAGUAUUUCCAAGAAAUUGGUCUACUCGAUGAAGGCAUGGAGGUGUAUGGAGGUGAAAAUGUGGAGCUUGGGAUCAGGGUAUGGCAGUGUGGAGGUAGCGUUGAAGUUCUACCUUGCUCUAGGAUUGCCCAUAUCGAGAGAGCUCAUAAGCCGUAUACAGAAGACCUAACUGCUCAUGUCCGAAGAAAUGCACUAAGAGUGGCCGAAGUCUGGAUGGAUGAAUUUAAAAGCCAUGUUUAUAUGGCAUGGAAUAUUCCCCAAGAGGAUUCUGGAAUUGACAUUGGAGAUAUUUCUGAGAGGAAGGCCUUAAGGAAGAAGCUGCAGUGCAAGACCUUUCGGUGGUAUCUUGUGAGCGUCUAUCCAGAAAUGAGAAUGUACUCAGACACUGUUGCCUAUGGCGUGCUGCAGAAUUCCCUAAAAAGUGAUUUGUGCCUUGAUCAGGGGCCAGACACAGAAAAUAUUCCGAUCAUGUAUAUCUGCCAUGGAAUGACACCACAGCUGAAGGUAGUAGAGCCUAAAGAGAGGGUCCAGUGGAAUCUGGCCAGAACCAUGGCUUUCAGUAUAGGCAGGAGCAUACUUGAAUAUGCCCGGGACCUGCUGCUUGCUGGCAUGUUCUGGGCUUGCUUGG